UGAUUGAGAACGUCAUCUAUUAUUUUCAAGAACGUGUAAUAUAUAUAUAUAAAUAAUUCAAACUCGUACAACAGGAGAAAGAAAAUUGAAAAGUGAAGUGGAAAUAGUUUUAGCAAAGAGAAAACAGCAUUUUAGGUUGAAAGAGACUGAGCAAGAUGGCCAAGGACUUCUACAAGAUUCUGGGCAUUGACAAGAAGGCCAACGACGAUGAAAUCAAGAAGGCGUAUCGCAAGCUGGCACUGAAAUACCAUCCGGACAAGAACAAGAGUCCACAGGCCGAGGAGCGCUUCAAGGAGAUCGCCGAGGCGUACGAGGUGCUGUCGGACAAGAAGAAGCGCGACAUCUUUGACCAGUACGGCGAGGAGGGGCUGAAGGGUGGCAUGCCCGGACCAGAUGGCAAGAGCCAGCCAGACGGCGGAUUCCAGUAUCAGUUCCACGGAGAUCCACGUGCCACUUUCGCACAGUUCUUUGGCGCCUCGGAUCCCUUCGGCGCGUUCUUUGGUGGUGGCGACAACAUGUUUGGUGGAGUCGGUGGCGUCCCUUGCAGCAAUACAAGUGAGGUCUUCCUGAACAUGGGCGCCGAUGAUAUGUUCGGCGGCUUCAAUCCCAAUGCUGGAGCCUUCCGCUCCCAAUCAUUCAAUGCCCAGGCUCCAAGUCGGAAGCGCCAGCAGCAGCAGGAUCCGCCCAUCGAACAUGACCUGUAUGUGACGCUGGAGGAGGUCGACAGAGGCUGCACCAAGAAGAUGAAGAUCUCGCGCAUGUCCAUUACGCAGACGGGCAACGCGCGCAAAGAGGAAAAGGUGCUGAGCAUCACCGUGAAGCCGGGCUGGAAGGCGGGCACAAAGAUCACCUUCCCCAAGGAGGGCGAUCAGGCGCCAAACAAAGUCCCUGCGGACAUCAUAUUCAUCAUACGCGACAAGCCGCACGGCCAGUUCAAGCGCGAGGGCAGCGAUCUGCGGUAUACCGCUCAGGUGAGCUUGAAGCAGGCCCUGUGCGGGUCAGCGGUGAGCGUUCCCACACUACAAGGUGACCGCAUCCCCGUGAACUCAGCCAACGAAAUCAUCAAGCCCACCACCACGCGACGUAUCAAUGGCCGCGGCCUGCCCUUCCCCAAGGAACCAUCGCGUCGCGGCGACCUGAUAGUGGCCUUUGACAUCAAGUUCCCGGACAAACUGCCGGCCAGCCUGAUGAACCAGCUGGCGGAGAUGCUGCCAAAUUAAAUGGGUACCGGGGAACUACCAAUUCGUUAUUAAUUUAGUUAAGGCCUUAAUUUAGUUUGUAUUACGUAAAUUUAAGACAAUUUUGUAAACCGCUCGCUUGGCGGCGGUAGGAUUCGCCGAUUGGACAAUGUUCCAGGCAAACAAUUGUAGAUAAAUAUUUAUGUGUAGUAGAAACCAGAAAA